AUGGGGUGCGGUGAGUUUCUCGUCAAGUACAUCCUUUUCUUUGCCAACUUGUUCUUUGCGUUGGCCGGCCUAGCCCUUAUUGGUCUAGGUGUAGCUGUAGAACUACAAGUAUCAGAGAUAGUUAAAAUAGUAGAAGCCAGUAGCUUCCAGGUCGCCCCCAUUACUGCGAUCGUACUCGGCACUGUCAUAUUUCUCAUCGCUUUCUUCGGAUGCUGUGGUGCUAUCAAAGAGAACAACUGCAUGCUAAUUACCUACUCCAUCUUCAUGCUCAUUUUGAUGCUGGCUAAAGUAACACUGGCUGUUCUUAUCUUCGUCAACUUAGAUGGUUACGUUAAAGAGAUUCCUCGGUGGUUGAACGACGCUUUCAACCGCAAUCAAGUCGCUUUCCAGGAUAUAGAAAGAACGUUCAAAUGCUGUGGUCCCACCGGUCCUUUGUCUUAUGGUAAUGUGGUGUUGCCCGAGACUUGCUGCUCAUCAACCCCCUGUACUCCGCUCAACGCGUACGGCGGCUGCUCGAAGGUCGUUGAAGAAUUCUUCGAAACCUUUGGUGUGGCCAUUGGUGGUUUGGCAAUUGCUGUAGUAGCUAUUGAGUUGGUAGCAGUUGUGUUUGGUCUGUGCUUGGCUAACCACGUCCGCAACCAGAGUAGAAGAGCACGAACCGCCAUAGCCAUAGCUGGCGGUUUACUUCUUUAUCAACUACGCAACAAUCCACCCUUAGACAUCAAUAACUACAACCUGGCAGUCAUUCUGGUCAUCGUUCUAGGAUGUGUUGUAGUCCUUAUAAGUGCUUUGGGCUGGUGCGGAUCAUGCGCUGAGAAAAAAGUGCUUCUGUAUAUAUACUCUGGAUUGAUCUUAAUCAUAGCAGGUCUUCAGAUAUACGCUGUCGUGAAGAUCAGAAGUGCGGACACGAUAAAUGAGGAAGCCAUUCUAAAAUCACUUGAGGAAACUUUUAAUAAUUCAAGCCAACUUCCAACGUUUCAUGCUAUGGAAAUUGCUCUUCAAUGCUGCGGUCCCGACGGCCCCGACUCCUACGCAGGGCUCUACGAUUUUUUGCCCCGUUCAUGUUGUGCCAAUGUCACUGACAUUUCUGCCAUUGACAAACCCGGUAUAGCUGAUCAAGUAGACUUGAUGGCUUUAACUUGCAGCGUUGAUGACGCGCAUCCCGGUUGUAAGGAAGUUUUGGUGAAUUUCCUUAAAAUGGUGACUCAUUAUCUUGGCUUAGCAUUCAUCAUCGCGAUAUCGGUUGAGCUUCUGGCGCCAGUCAUGGCUCUCUCACUAUCAUGCUGCAUAGGUCCAAGGAGUGUUUAA